AUGCAAUCAUUCAGUGUCUACUGCUUAUUAUUAUGCAGCAUGAUUAUCUUUGCUGCACAUCAAAUCAAUGCAAUGGAAACUGAAGACAGAUUGGUCACGGAAGUUCCAUCAAAAGUCGACUUUGAACAUACUACCGUAAAAACAUGGCCACUACCCGAAAAAGUUCAUGAAAAACGCGGAUCUAUUGCUGCCGCUGCCGUUUCAGGUUCAGGCUCACGUAGACCUGCUCGAGUUCGAGUCAACAGACCAUCCAAUAUCCAAUGCGCUAAUGGUGUUGUUACUAUUACCGAUGGUCAAAUCACAUGUGGCAAAUAA